AUGAAGCAGGCCGAACUGCCUUCAGCAGAGACCAAGCCCCAAGGGGUCAGGCCCCAUAUUUGCUGCGCGCCACCUCCCCGUGCCCCUACCUCUCGCGGCAGCACCCCACUCCUGGCUAGAGCCCAACCCCGACGGGGGGUCCCGCGGCCAUGCCAGCCCGCGGACAGCGAGCGCUGUGCGACAGAGAGGGACAGAGCCAGUCCCCGGGAGCCCGCUGAUCCGUUUCCAUCGGAGCCAGCCCCCGACGGUGGCUGGCUGAGCGCCGACGAGUCCUCAGGCUACGAGAGCGAGAGUGCUGGCGGCGAUCGCUCCGCGGUAGCGAGCGGGACCCGCGGACGGCAGCGGCGGGCGCGGACCGCCUUCACCUCAGAACAGGUGUGCCGGAUGGAGAAGACUUUCCAGCGCCAGAAGUACCUGGGUGCCUCGGAGCGGAGGAAGCUGGCAGCUGCCUUGCAGCUCUCAGAGAUCCAGAUCAAGACCUGGUUUCAGAACCGGAGGAUGAAACUGAAGAGGCAAAUACAGGACCAGCGCAGCCUUGUGUCUCCUGCUCCGCUCUACAGCUACCCCCUGGUGACACCACCAGCCCUGUUUCAGGAUGGGCUUCACUACCCCUUUGCUCCACAUCACCAGAGACUCCUGCCUUUUGCACCGCUGCCUCCUGUGCAGUUCAGCUUCUCUUUUCCCAGAUACAAUUCGUCUCAAAGCAACUACCACUUCAUGGCAACCGAGCUGCAAUACCACCACCACGUUCUUCCCCCUCCUUUCCAUCCAGUUAUUCCAAACAAAAUGGACAAGCAAUGCCACCCUCUAUAUGCGUUAUAG